GGUCACUCGCAACACUUGGCAGCCAAAAAAAGCGGGAGGAUUUGGACAAAGUUAAUGCGAAUUAAAAAUUGCCAGCGAUUAUGGAGACGCCGACGGGUAGUGGGUGCCCCUCACGCCCCGAUCGCACGGCUACCCCACGCCUCUCCGAGCGGAAGCGACGACUGUUCGGCAGUCCUGUAACCCAAAUAGUCAAGAUCAAUGACGAGGAAGAUGAGGACGUCGACAUUCUUGGCGUUUCGCCCUUAAAGCCCCAUGUGGCGACCAACAAUCCGAACGGGGGCAGACUCUUCACAGGGCAAGCCACCCCUGGCAGAAGAAGAAUGUUACGCGGCAGCCCAAAUAGCAGCCCCGAAACCAACAAGGAAAACAAGACGGGGCGCAAAAAAAAGGUUGCCGUGGAGGCGGCUGCUACCGAGGAGCAGCUGCCGCACUUAUUCACCACCACGAUGCGAUUGAAUAGCAACAGCAGCAGCCAAGCCAGCAGCCCCCGUACGCCCAGGCAAGGACGUCGACGUCGGCCGGAUUCAUCUAUGUCUUCACCAGACUCUGAGAUGGGAUCACCAGGAGUACGGCGUGAACGUGCAAAGCCAAAGCCCAGGCAGGAGGUCAGCGCAAGCAACACCAGACGCAGUCCACGCAACGCCAAAGCGACGGAGACUAUCGAGCCCAGUCAAGCGACAAGUAGUAAGCAAAGUAGGAUCAGUCCCAGAAGCCAUAGAAAAUAUACAAAAGCUGUGAACAAUACCAUGGCUGCUUCUUCAGGACCUGUUCACAAAACCACAGAACUUGCCCAGGAAAGCAGUAGAAAUAGACAAAAGUCCCCAGUACCUAUUCUAAAGCACACUGCAAAAAGCAAUGAAGACAGCUUGAAGACCGUAAUAGCCUCUGUGCCCAUUCUGAAGCCCCAAACUCUGAGCCAGGAAAAGGAAAAAAUCACAAAAUCUCCUAUGACUCAAAAAACCAUCGAUUCUUCGGAUGAUGAAGAAAAAUUCGAUCCUAAAGCUGCUCCUCGACAGGCCCAAAAGCGCCUACACCCGGUCACGCCAUCUGCUACUGCUGCCUCUUCGACGGAAUCCGACUCUGGAUCGCCGCAGAAUAAGCUGCGCAGGAUGAACCCGGAGAGCAGCAUACCCACCAUGGCCUUCUAUUCGCACAGUGGAACUGGAACGGUGCGAGUGAAGGGAGUGCAAGGCAACGCGGCAAGGAACGCGCAGCCGAGCAAGGCAAAGUCCCCGCAGAAACGUCGAGAGCGGGUGGGAAUCAACAACGGGGUGCGUCACAAGAUUCGAAAGCGGGCGAGAUUUUCUCAACACCUUCAACCAACCAACUUAAAUCACAUCCUGAGCUGCUUGAGCAACGAGAGGCUUAAAAACUUGAUCACCACCAAGCGUGAGGAACGUGCCAAGGUAGAAGAGGUGCAUGAGAUUCUGCGCACGGCCCGGGAUCCCAUCAAAAUGGCAAAACCACUAAGCGUGCUGGAUUCCGACGACGCCAACAACAACAACAAUGUCCAAGCAGGAGCCAUGUGGCAGGAGACAGAUAAAGACUUUAGCGACCUGAGUGAGGACGAUGAGAAGGGAGUAAUCAUGGAUCCCGUAAUGGAGCUGGAGCCCAUCAUACCACUGAUACGGCACGAGACUACGGUCCACACUUCACCGCCAAGCGAGACUGUGGACCUCAGCAAGCGAAAGUUCUUCAAGUCGGGGCGCAGGAGCAGCACCUGCAUGGAGGUUCGGAUAACGGACAACAUUAAGGCCAGUGUCAGCCAGGGAAAGAUUGCCCUGGUCCAAAAGCCUCGCCGGAAGCCUCGAUCCGUUCGCGUAAAAUCAGCAACUUUAUUCUCCGCCGAGCAAGCCACUGUGGAUGCAAUCCUGAAGAACCUGGACGACUCUGUGUUGGAUGAGAUCGUUGAAUCAGAGCCCAAGGUGGAUGUCACUCCCAUGGAGACCGAAUCCUUGCCGGAAAUUAUCGAAUAUGCGCCCGAGCCUGAGGCAAAUACAGACGACGAUCCCUUUGCCGUCUUCCGACAACGAUUGCCAUACCAAACGGAUGAUCCGGAGCUCAUAGAGCAACAGCAAAUCCUGCUGGAGUUCCUCAUCAGCAACAACAUCUGCACUGAGCAGAACUUUGAGAUCUUCAUUGCCGAUCCGGACAAUCACAAGGAGGAGGCUAAUCGGAUUGUUGACGACCUAUACAUGGUGGUAAACAGCGAGGAGGCGGCGCAGGUGGUUCAAAUGGAAGACGUGCCAGAACCAGUAGUGGAGCCUCCUCCUCCUCAUCCACCUGCCCCAGAAGAAGACCAGCCAAGGCUUUUUCCCAUAUUCACGCAGCGCUUACAGCCUGUUGCUCAUAAAUCGUCGCGUCGGCGACCGAGCACUUCAAUGAGACUACUGUCCGAGGCAGCGGGAGGAUCCAAUCAGUACCAGAUCGAUGCCGGUCAGAAGGCCUUUGGCGCCCGACAGUGCCAGCAGUGCGGAUUGGUGUACACUGUCCACGAACCGGAGGAGGAGCAGCUUCAUCGCGAGUACCACAACUCGAUCCAUGUGUUGCGCUUCAAGGGCUGGAUCGACGAGGAUAUUGUGGCCGUGUACCCGGAAUGGGGCAGCGACGGCCGUAUCGUGAGGCUCAACGAACGGGCGCCUGCCGCACGACUCGAGCGACUCAAGGACCUCAUCCGUGUGGUGGACAAGGAGCUGGGUUACUCUUCGUAUAUUGUGCCAAAGAUAUUCGUGGCCUUCAUGGCGGUGCGGAAGCAACAGAUUGUGGGUUUCUGCCUGGUGCAGCCCCUGUCGCAGGCCCAUCGGUUCAUCCAGGUCGAUGGUACGGACUAUUUCAGCGAGGAGACCUACAAGGCCAGUUGCGGUGUAUCCCGGAUCUGGGUUUCACCUCUUCACCGUCGUGGCGGAAUCGCCAGCAAGUUGAUACGGGCUGUCCAGUGCCACACGAUAAUUGGCCAGGAGAUUGCCAUGGAGUCCAUCGCUUUUAGCACGCCCACCGAUGAUGGACGAGCUCUGGCGCGGCGGCUCACCGGGUUAGAUAACUUCUUGACCUACGAUCAGUGACCUAGCCAAACUUGGCCAAGGAGAGCAGGAGAGACAGCUAUUGAAUAGCUGGAUUAGUUUGGAUUGCUUCGGAACCUGUUCUAAUUAGUUGAUAAUCGCGUUCAUUAUGUUUCAAGCGGCGAGUUGUGCGCCAUUUUAUUGGUUUUUAAGGGUAGAGCGAAAUGUCCCCGUGAUCAUGCAAUAAACAUUGGUUUAAUAAAUUUAAGGAAACAUUUCUGCAUUUAA